UGUGUUUAAAUUUUCUGUAUUGUAGCUAGUGUAAAUCAUUCAAUAAAAGCCUCUACCUUGAAUUUGUUGUUAGGGAAUAUCAAACGUUUGAUAUUUUUCAUUGCUGAAGCAGUUUGGUGCCUUAGUUUGCAAUGACUUAUCCUUCUUGAUACAGAGUGUAUGCAAAAUGGAUUUAUUUCUAAGGUGUAUUUGAAACAUUUCCAAACUAGUCGGCCUUAUGUCUACACUGUCUUGUUUCACACAUGGAUUGACCUGUCUUGCUGUAUGUGUGCCUUCUGCUGUUCUAGUCAACUUAAUGGGAUGUAACAUCUCUUUAACAGCUGGUGGGUAACUAGGGGUGUGUCUUUUCAGUUCCAACAGUCCUGUCCUUAAUGCUUGUGCCUAACCUUUUCAAAGAUCCUGGACUCGAUUGCCUCGUUUGGAGUGUUUCGUGUCCAGUCCCAUCUCAUUGGCAAGCAGACAUCUAGAGGGCACUGCCAUUGGAAAUAGAGGGGGGACACCUUUGGAAGUUAAUGCAGUGCCAUGCCAAAGUGAAUGAACCCAGAGAAGGCAUCUACAAAAACCAGAACAGGACCUGGUAGUGCUUCUCUUCUCUGUCUAUGCUGUAAACUAAAUUGCAUUUUAGUAAGAAGUGACAUCAGGGAACCCAGAUGUCCUGGACAGCCAUCAAGACUAUAUUGCAAGAUCCCAACAAACUUGGAAUAACACCCUUAUACCAGGGAGUCUGACAGGAGAACUGCCAGCACAGGCAAGAAUGACAGCUGUUGAUGAUGCAUAAGGACCUAGCUGUCAACAGCUGUACUGAAGCCACUCGGGAAGCGUCCUAUCAACCCUGCUGAAAACUACUGUUAUCCUUAGGGUUGCAGUGCCAAUAAAUAUUAUGUGCUGUAUUGCAGUAGAUCUGCAGUCAUGUAUUUAAACUACCACUUUUGGGUGUUGGUUGUUUGACAGUGUUGGGUGGACCUAGGGCCCUCUUAAGAGUAUAAGAACUGCCAUACUGGGUUAGACCAAAGGGCCAUCUAGUAGAUGCUCCAGAUGUGUACAGGAAAAGGAGAGGGUGGUCAGAGGUGCAGAGUAAUCUGUCCCAUGCCACACCCUCCUAAGUACCAGCAGUCACAGAUUUAGAGAUGUCCUAAGUCUGAAUAUACAUCCCUGACUGUUAUGGUGAGUAGCCCUUACUAGACCUGUCCUCCAUGAAUUUGGACUUUUCUAUGCUCUUUGGCCUCCACAUUGUCCUGUGGCAACAAAUAUGUUACAGCCACACAACUUCCUUUUGCUUGUUUUAAUUUGCCUGAUUAUUUCAGUGGGUGUCUCUUAGUUCUUGCCUCCCUUUCUGCUUGGCAUUAACUGCCCCUCCCCCAGUUUGCCCUGUAUGAUGGAGACUAAAACAUUUGAUACUGUUAUAUUUCUGCAGUAUCAAGUCUCACCAAUACCAUAAUCAGCUACUAGUUUUCACGUUCAUAUCCUUUUCCCCUCCUCCAUUACAAAGCUGCUUGCUUCUUGCACUCCCAUCACUCAAAAUGGAGUAUGCAGGCACUUGAAAGUAAAUUAUUCCAUUUCUUAUACAGGACCAACAGUCCUCUGCUUUCCCCAAGAUACAGGGGGUUGUGGAGAAUUAAACUGGGAAAUGGCUAUCCAUCUUGAAGGAACCAAGGGGAGCAGCUGAAAAUGACAUGUCAAAAUUGUGGGGAAAGAAAUGUUUUACCAUUAUGAAGACUACAUGGAAUGAGACAACAAGUAGUCAAAAAAGCAGAUAUGAUCAAUAAAAACAUGGUUCACCAGGUCCAGGCAGAGAGAGAUGCUUUGGCUCUCAGCAAAAGCCCCUUUGUUGUGCACUUAUAUUACUCACUUCAGUCAGCUAAUAACAUCUACUUGGUGAUGGAAUAUCUUAUUGGUGGAGAUGUCAAAUCUCUUCUACACAUAUAUGGAUAUUUUGAUGAAGAAAUGGCAGUAAAGUAUAUUUCUGAAGCGGCCCUGGCUCUUGAUUAUCUUCACAGGCAUGGGAUAAUCCAUAGGGACCUGAAGCCAGAUAAUAUGCUGAUUUCCAAUGAGGGCCAUGUAAAAUUGACAGACUUCGGGCUCUCCAGGGUUACUCUGAACAGAGAGAUAAACAUGAUGGAUAUCCUAACUACACCAUCCAUGGCAAAGCCGAAGCAAGACUAUUCACGUACUCCAGGACAGGUGUUGUCUCUCAUCAGUUCUCUGGGUUUUUACACCCCGAUUGGAGGCAAGGUGCAAGGACCUACCUCAAGUUCCAUGUCUGACACUUCACAACUUUCUCAAGGAUUAGUUUCUUCCACUUCUGUGGGUCAAAAGGAAUAUACCCCUGUUUCGAGUAAACAGCUCAAGUCAUGUCUUGAUACUGCUGCCUUAAAUCCUGGGAUGCCAGUGAGGAGUUUAACUCCAUCUCUUCUUCAAGCUAGAAAAAGGUUUGGUACCUCUAGUGCCAGUAGCCACUCACGCACACGUCUGUCCAGUCUGGAAUCGGAAUGCUGUAGCAGUCCCAGGUGGGAGAAAGAUGCAGAGGGAACUGAAGAUGCAUCAUGUUCUGCAACAAGCAAAGUAAAUAAGGAAUCGGAGAAGCUUCUUAAUAUGGAAUUGUUGCAUGCCAAAGAUGCUAAAACGUUAAAGACAAAGGAACUUGAGUCUGUUAUCUCUCCAAUUGGUAGCAAUGACUCUGGCAAAAGGCAUGAGGCAAGAAUUGAGCAUUCUGAUAUAAUUGACACUGCUGUGAUAGCAGUAGACAUGAAAGAUCUAGUCAGGAAAUGUCUUUCUGAAAAUAAGGCUUGGGAAGAAAAGUGUGCUUCAGAUAAAACUGGUUUGACAAAGGAAACAGCAAAAGCAUCCCAUUCAUGGUUGGUUGAUCCCAUCAAAGAGGAGGAUAUUCUUGAAAAGCCAGGUAUAAAAAGAGGCUUUCAGCAAGUUGACACCAGUCCUUGUCAAGAACUUAACCAAGUCAAAAAAAGCAAUGCCGAAUACAAACGUGGUUGUCAAAUUUCAGAAUACCAGGAAAACCAGAACACAGGUUUAACAACAGAAAUUCAGUCCUUAAUGCUUUCAAGUGAUGGAGGCCUGUGGAAGACCUGUAAAAGUGGUGAAUUAAAAGCUAAAGACAUUAUCUGUAGGCAGCAAACAUCAGAAAAAUCAGCCACACCAUUAAUAGCAAAGAACCUUAUGCAUGAUUUGGAUGUAGAUUAUGAAAAAGAUGAUAAAAAGGAAUAUAUGAACUCUAGUUUCUUAGGUACUGAUGAUGAGAAACCUCUUGGAAUCUUGAGUGUGGACUCUGAUGUAUCCCUCCCUGAGAUGUCUGUUACAGAGAGCCAUUUAGAAAAGCAGCUUUCAGAUCUGGAUAAGAGUAUUAAAGACCUUUCCUUUGAGGAGUCAAAAACUGAAGCCAUGUUAGUAGCAUCACCAUGUUGCCAAGAUACUUCAAGAGGUGAGGAAGAACAUAUCCAGGAGAGCAAGCCUUUACAACAUGAACAUGAUACUGACCUAAAAUGCUUAGCUGAACCUCAUAUUGAUGUGUCUUCUCCUUCAGAGGAGAUGAUGAAAACAUUGGCUCUCCUUAAAAAAAAUGUUGUUGCUUUUCGAAGUUAUAACAGUCCAAUUAAUGUGUCCAAUGCAUCUGAGCCAUCGAGAAUUAGCAUGGCUUCUUUAGAUGUAGUGGAUGUUUCACCUGCCUGUAGUGGCUCUUAUCCCAUGGCUAUAACACCAGCACAAAAAGGAAGAUCAUAUAGGGCUUAUCAGACGCCUCACGGAGGAGAUGCUGAUACACCAUAUAGGACUCCAAAGAGUGUAAGAAGAGGGGCUGCCCCCAUGGAAGGUGAACGUAUUUUGGGAACUCCAGACUACCUGGCACCUGAACUGCUGUUAGCAAAGCCUCAUGGGAUUCUGACCUGUGGUUCUGCAGUAGAUUGGUGGGCUCUUGGAGUUUGUUUGUUUGAGUUUUUAACAGGAAUUCCACCCUUUAAUGAUGAAACACCACAACAAGUCUUCCAAAAUAUUUUGAAAAGAGAUAUUCCUUGGCCUGAGGGUGAAGAGAAGUUAUCCAUGAAUGCCCAAAAUGCAAUAGAUAUUCUUUUAACUAUUGACACUACAAAGAGAGCUGGACUAAAGGAGCUGAAGCAUCACCCCCUUUUUGCAGGAGUAGACUGGGAUAAUCUGCAGAAUCAAGCGAUGCCUUUCAUACCUCAACCAGAUGAUGAAACGGACACUUCUUACUUUGAAGCUAGGAAUAAUGCUCAGCACCUAACUGUGUCUGGAUUUAGCUUAUAAGAAGAAAAUGAAACUCUGUCCAUGGUUUUGCACACUUCUAUCUUCCCAUUUAACAGUAGGUUGGUUUUGGUUUUCUUAUCAAGCGUACUUUUAAGGGGGAAAAAAAAAAUCGGUCUACUUUUAAAUUGUUGUGUCCAUUAUUAUAGAACUAAACUACUGUAUAGAAAGGUAAUUAGUUCCAAAUGACUUUUUUUAUUUAUCCUACUUACUGCACCUUAUUUAGAAGUCUGAAUAUUAUGUUUGUAAAGUUAAUGGCACUUUCACACAUGGCGUUUCUGCUGCCGAGGAAUACUUUCAAUUUGUGGUGGGUUAUUCUGCAAUGAAAUAGAGCAGAGUAGGGGGACAUAAAUGUAGCUUAAUUGUUUAAAUUUAAUUUAUCCAUUGUGGCUCAAUAGAUUAGUAGUCACAUUUGGGAUUGGUGAUUGUUGGACCAGUUUCAAGAUGCAUAGAGAAAUCAAAGUUUCUCUCAGUGCAGUGUCAAAACACCUAAUCCCUUGGUGCUAGUCCUUUAAACGGGAUGAAAUUUCUAGAUGUUUUAACAAUGUUAAGUCACUUACAUUGACUGUUCUGCUGCUGAGUUACUGGUGUUAGAAACUUUAGUGAACUUUUACUAUCAGUAUCACUUUUCCUAGCUUAAAUGGGCCAGGGAAUAAAAGCUUGUGGAAGCUGUUUAAAUUGUCAUGCUGAAUGUGUUGUUGCAGGAUGGAUUAAACCAUGUGUAUUUUAGCAAUUAUUUGUUUUAAUAGAAAAGUCUAAGUGCAUGUAUUUGGCCUCUUUCCUAUGUCAUGUAGUGCCAUAAAAAAUGAUGUUUGCCAAUCAAAACAGGAUUUGCUGAAAAAGAAGAUGCUAUGAAUUAAAGUCUAUAUUUCAAAUUGAUUAAUUUGACAGCUUCACCAUAAAUUAGAUUCAGUAAAACUUGAAUUUCAAUUAGGGCUUAAUGAGGGAUAAGCCCUAUAUUUUUUCCAAUAUAUUAAAACUAUAUGUUGAUUUUAAUGUUAGAUUGUGGAGAUUACUGUUAUAUUUCUUAUUGUCCCUUACUGCUAAAUGUCUCUACUGCUGUUGAAACUGC